AGGGUCUGGGUUAACGCCCAAGCUCUUCUCAUGUUCAAGGGCUGGGACCACUCAUUUAGAAUGGUUAGUCCAUUCUCCAGUCUUGGGUUCUUUUGCUGGACUAUAAAAGCGGAUGAUUGGCUGGCCAACGAACAACAGUCAAGUGAAGUGCACUGAGCCAAGAAGAUGUCACAAAGAUUGAAUUUCUCAUUUGUUAUCCUGCUUUGCCUUUUGGCAUUUGGAAAAGCUGCGCUGCAAAUUUACCAUCCUUUGAUGACCCUGCAUCACCAACCAUCUCUGGCCCAGGUGGGUCAUCUGGUGGACCAUGUGCCCACCGCGGUUUCCCACCAGAGCUCCACCAUCGUGCAUCGUAGUAUCCCAAGGGUUACACCACUGCUGACUCCUGCUCUGAGGACCACCUAUGUGCACUAUCCAACCUGGAACUAUCCGCUCUUCGAUGGUGCCAACACCCUGUACAGAAAGUAAUCCUCUGACCAAAAUGAAUCCUUAAAUUUGAUUCAAUUCAAAUGAU